AUGGCCAGUGAUGCCACUUCAGAAUUGAUGAGAGGUCAUUUAUUGACUAGAAUGGAUAGUAAGUUGAUUUGUUGUCUAGUGUAAAAAUUAAAAAAAAAAACGCAAUUCAGGCAAGAAAAAACCACCAUUCUGGAAUUGUGGUAGUUACGAUAUUGAUGGACCAAACCAAGAGACAAACUAUUUCAACAAGAGAAGAGAAGAGGUAUCUUAGAAAACAAAAAGAUUUUUGAAGUUUCAAAGACAUAAUUACGAAAAGCCCAUGUUUUGUCAAUAUCAAUAAUUAUCUUGUUUUUCAGAGUUGUCAACUAUUGACAAAUAGCCUUGCAUUAUCAGCUGUUGUUAAUGCGAAUGCUGAAGGUGGUGAUUACGAUUGGGAUAGUUUGGCUGAAUGGAUUUCUGAUAAACAAGCUAAUCUUGGAACUUUUGGAAACUCUAUUAACACAGUCAUUGUCAAAAGAUCUUUGUAUGAGAAAAAACGAAAAUCGUUAGAUAAUUCCAAUGGAAACAUUAAGGUUUAAUCCAAAAAAUUUUUGAAGAAAAUAAUUCAAAAUGUUUUAGGUUACAAUUUCUUGUGAUACUUGCACCGAAAAGACAAUAAAUGUAACAAAUCAAGCAGAAGAAAUUCAUGUAAGAACAACAGAAGCAAAAAAAAACUAGGCGGUAGAGCUGAAAAUCAAGUUUCUUUUCAGAUUCCGGUAAAUCAACGAACCGUGAAACUAAAAGUGCAAGGAAAAGGCAAAGUUACUGUGACAGCAAGAAUUAUUGCGAAUAUGAGACCAAGACAAAAACGACAAUUGCCACAAAGUGUUUAUUAUCCGGUCAAUAUAAUUGUCAAUCAGAUUCAUUCAGCGCGGAAUGUUAUUCAGACUGUUUGUUUGAAGUGAGUCUUGGAAAAUAAGAAAGAAACGUUUGAUAUAAGCUGGAAAAUCAAUCAAAUAUUUAUCGUAACGAUAUAAAUUUUGCUUAAAAUCACAAAAACACCAUUUUUUCAGACACUUCAAACGUUUACUAAUUAACCAAAUGUUGAUAUUUGCUUUUUCAGUGAAGAAAAACAAAGAUAAUUUUUCAACUGUUGGGCCUAGUCUAUUGAAUUUUUGGAAUUUGGGCUAACGAGUUUGGAAACUAAUAAUUGCGAGUAGUAAAUUACAUACUUCGAAUUUUUAAGAAAAAUGAUCAUCAUAAAUUCUCCAUCACAAAUAAAAUUUCCACAAAAAUUCUUAACAAGUUGAUUUUAGCGUAAGUACACCAGUUAUCCGAACUUUGGAAAUAUCACACGGAACCUAUACAUUAUUCGAUCCAAUUGAAAGUUCAUUGAAAUUUUUGAACAAUUCACAAACUCCAAUAAAUGUUGCUGUCUCGUCGGUUGGUAUUCAUUUUAUGAUUAAAAACAUAGUUGCAAAUAAAACUAUUUGUUAUGAAUUGCAACUUGGAGAAUCAAAUAAAGGCAGAAAUUCGCCUAGCCUUGCUUCGCCUGUUCCAAUUCGUGCUACUCAUGACGUUCAAGGUCUAGUUGGAAUGGUAUUAAUCUCACAUCCAGAUGCUCCAAAAAGUACUCCAAAACGAAAACGCGUAAGCAUUACCAGAUCACGAUUUAUUCGAGAGAUCAGUGACCCGGAUAUGUCUGUUGACAAAAUUUGUUUUGAUAAUGGAAAUUGUGCAUGUGCUGAAUUAACUUGUGAUGUUCAAUACAACCAAUGCCCAUAUGAUGAUCAAACAAAACUAUCAAAAAAACUGCAGCAAAAGGGAAACUUUAGUGAGUGUUUUUUGGGGAGCAAAAAAACUAUCAUAAAAAUAGAAUUAUUAGUCUGUCCCAUAUUGUGCAUACAAAAUGUGUUCAAUUCCAGUGAAAAAAACCGGAAAUUGUAUAUAUAACAGCAUGAUACUAUUUUUUUGCUAUUUUUGAAAAAGUUCACUAAAAUGAAAUGAUUUUUAGGGAUCUGGAGAGAAUAUCAAAAUUUUUCAUGGAAUUAUUUCAAAAAAAAAAUAAGAUGGCUUUCGUAAUCCUCAAGGGAAAUAGUUGAAAAUUAACCAAAUUUAUUAAAUAUUUUGCAAUUAAAAAUUCUAUGAGCAUAAUAGAAAAAUGUUGCAAUUUUUCAGUUCUUCGCGUUCGUGCUUCAAAUAUAACCAAUGAAACUUAUAACAAUGUGGAAUAUUCAAUCAUCACUUGCAAAAUUACAGAUUAUAAACCACAAAGUGCAAAAGAAAAACUACCUGACAGUAAGAACUUUUUUUUUAUUUUUGAAGGAUUCUGAAGAUGUUUCAAAAAAUCGGACCUGUUUAUAGAUUUGAACCAAGAUAUUCGAAUAUGGGUUCGAUCUUGUAAUGAAUAUACUCGUAAUAAUACAGUGUAUAUGAUAAUGGGACAUGAAGAUGGUUGGACACAAAAUUCGAAAAGUAAUUAUAAUUACAUUAUGAAUUCAAAUGAUCGAAUUGAAGAGAAUACAAAAAAAUGUGGAGUUUUGAAUAGUUUUAUCACUUUGAGCGAUUGA